AUGGAACCACGUGGUGCGUUUAUCGUACUUGAAGGAUGUGACAGGGCUGGCAAAAGUUUGCAGUCUAGAAAAUUGGUGGAACGUAUCAAAGCUGCAGGCAAAAAUGCAGAUUUGAUUUCAUUUCCUGAUCGAUCAAGUGACUUAGGCAAAUUUAUUGAUCGUUAUUUGAAAAAGGAAGUUGAGAUGGAGCCUAAAGAAGCGCAUCUAGUAUUCGCAGCAAAUCGGCAAGCACUUAUGCCCUUGAUGAUGAAAAAAUUGCUUGAGGGAACGCAUUUGGUCAUUGACCGAUAUGCUUAUUCAGGCAUUGCCUAUACUCUUGCAAAAGGAGCUGAAAAUAUAACAAUGGAAUGGGCAAAACUGGCUGAUACGGGUGAGUUCAGACCUGAUUGUGUUGUAUACUUCAAUCUUUCAUUCGAGGAAGCGCAGAAAAGGAGUGGAUUUGGUGAUGAACGCUUCGAAUUUAGCAGUUUUCAAGAGAAGGUGAAUGCCAUUAUGAAAAAGCUAGCUGCUGAGGACAGAGAUCUGUGGAAAAUAGUGGAUGCAUCCUUGUCUAUUGAAGAAGUUUCCGAAAAUGUCUGGAAAUUAGUGGCACCAGUUUUGGACAAUGUGAACAAAAAGAACCUUAUGUUUCUCUAA